UGAAGCUCGAUGCUCAUACCACCGAGUCGCUCCGCGUUGGACACCCACCCUUCUCCACCGCACCGCCGCCUCAGCUGGCGGAGAAUUUCCGUCUGGGUACAGGAAGAUGGUGGGAGUGACGGGAGCUGCGUUGUCUUCCCCUGGAUAAAUCGGGAAAACACAUAAAAACGUGUUUUUAUUAGCCUACUUAGGCUACCCGGACCCGGGCAAUAGGGAGGUAACCUUAACCGUCACCGAACCUUUCGAACGGAAGAGGACGCGAACGCAACAAGGAGUGGACUCUCUCUCGGGCUAUGCUUCUUCUGGGCACAUGCAUGCAGACAGCCUAAUCUCGAGCUAUCCAGACUUGAGGAAUUUAUGGAACAGACAGACAGCACAUUUCGCGAACUAUGUCUUAUUCGUUGGUAAUUGAAUAAAGGGAAGCAGGAUCAAGGAUAUAUUGUUUCUUCCUCAUGGGAAUUCGGUAUUCCUUAGGGGAAAGCAAAGAGGAGGAAAUUCACAGAAUCUCUCCAUGCACUCAAUAGUUCUUCUCUACUCCACGCGUUUACAGUCCUGGCUACUUCUGUAGCCUAUGACGAAGGAACCACGGCCUGGGGAAAAAAAGUUUCUACGCGUUGGAUACAGAAGGGAGCACAGUAGUGACGUUUCUGGAGACGUUUUUGCUUCAAUUUUAAACUGCAGUUUUUGUUUUUAAAAGCCUGUCCUGUUCAUUGGAUAGGCCUAUUCUAUGGAAAAUGUAAAUAUUCGAUAGGAAUAUUUAGUAGACAUAAUUUGACAGUUUUGUAUUUCAGUCUAUAUAUUUAAUAGACUAUUCAUACAAGGGUGGGUGUUUCUCAUAGCUUUCUGUUUUGCCAACUAUUACCAACAAGUUUGUUCAAGACUCCAGCCUACUAAAAGGAGUUGGCUUAUAUCAGCUCAGCUGUCAUAUUUUGGGCACUUAUUUCUCGAUUUAAAAUCGCUUCUCAAGGUCUUAUAAUUACUGUAUCUGUACAGUCCCUGUCGUCUUGGAAGUGGGGAUAUUACCGAUGUAGAGAUCCGUAGAGGGAGGUCAGGAAAGGACGGGGCUGGAGCUUGGGAAUAGGCCCGGCUGUGGAAGAACUACAGACUGGGUAUGGGGGACAACAGCUAGACCGCUAAACGGACGCUGCCUACCUGGCUGCUGGUUUUGGGUGGUCGUGAACCAACCGACCCACCCACCUACCCGACAGCCAAAGCCUAACUCUUCAGCUUGGCUAGCAUAACACGAAAGUAUUCACCCACACUAGGGCUUUGAAAUAGUCCGAAAGGGAAAGGAGGAUAUGCUAUACGAGUUUAUGCUAUGAAUGUUAGCCUAUUAUUUUCAACUGUUGACUCAUGUAACUAAAACGGAAAGAGGAUAACGCUUGUUUUUUUUUCCAAGGGAAAGGAACUUUAAAGUGACAUGUUUUGGAGCGCGUGCUCCGAUAAGAUAAGAAGGGACCGAAGCUGUAACUUUGUCGCAAUUUUCUAGCCAUGUGUAGCUUGUUAUUGGAAUGAGUGGGACAACAAUCUACUGUGUAUAGCCUACAACUCCUAAACAAGACACACACAAUAUGGGUCGUUUUGGACUUAGAAACAUUAUAUAAAUAAUGUUCUCUUUUCGGAUUGUAUGUGUAUUAAAAUGUAAUAAUAACAUGGGGACAUUAUUUUGAUCAUCAGUGAAGAAGACACGUGAGGACUUCUUGAGAGCGAGGCUGAGUAGGAGCCAAGCUCGAGCUGUCACUGGCGGCUGUCAAAACACUGCGCGUGGUGUGGAAUAAAAAGUGAAUAUUUGAACAGCUGAACCCAGAUUGUCUGUUCCACCCGAUAAAAAUCGUUAUAUGAUUAAAAAAACGGAAUAUCGGGGAAGGAUGUUUAAAGAAGGGGAGAGGAAAGAGGAAAGGACUUACAAUCAUUUCAAAUGCCAGAUGAGAGCGGGCAGAGCAACACACGAGUACAAAGUGGACAGCGAGGGCUUCCAAAGGCAAGGGACGAAUUCAUGGAAUGUGAGUGCUGACGUAAUACAGAGGUCUGGAUAAUGAGCUACUCAAGAGCCUGGAACGGUCCUUUUAUAUGAUCUUCCUCUGCCAGAUGUUUCACUUAGUACUGUUACCUCAUUGCCCGCGCACCGUCCGCCAUCAUUGAUCAGAUAUUAGUAUUUCCCCCUUCACGUCACUCCUCCAGCCAUCAUAAUGGCCUUGCAGCCGCUGCAACACCGGCAGCAGCAGCUUCUCCCACAUGCCACGGAGGUUAGCUGCGCCUCAAGCAGUGACGGCGCCGUGACUGUGCGGAUUAUCGACAACACUAAGCACACACAACACGCGCCGUCGCCACAGCAUCGACAAUAUCAUGACUCUCCCCCAACCCCAACGACAAGGGACAGCAAUACCAGAGGAGGAGGGAGUGGAGUAGGUGGGGCUACCACUACCGCCAAAGGAGAUCCCUCCAAACCCAGCACCAAAUACAGCAUCUCCUCCAGCUGUAGUUCAGGGGAGUCGGGAGUUCGGAGGGCUGUUAUGAAUAAGUUACACAGCCAGCAGAAGACUCUGCCCCAGUUGUUUGAGAGGUCUGCUGCCCAGUGGUGGGACCCCAAGUUUGAUUCACCGAUACUCGAAGAGGCGUGCCGUGAGAGGUGCUUCCCGCAGACUCAACGCCGCUUCCGCUAUGUUCUGUCAUACAUGGCCUCCGCCUCGCUCCUUUGGGGCGUGUAUUUCGGGGUCAACCACGACCGCUGUGACCCGGCAACCUUCCUCGCCCCGACCGCCUCCUUCCUCCUUUUCCUCCUCCUCCUCUUCCUCUUUACCUUGACAAGGUCCUAUACUCACUUGUACAACCAGGCCUCGCUGCUCCUCAUUGUGGCCACAUUCGCCAUCACUCUGGCUCCUCAGAUCCAGACAGGAGGCUUCGUCUACCUGGAGAGAACCAGGGAUGGCAACCUGACAUUCCCUCGCACCCCAGGCGGAGUGGGCCCUACUCGGGCUCCCUGCAUCUCCCCAGUGGGCACCUUCUCUCUGUGUAUGGAGGUCCUGCUACUACUCUACAGUGUUCUCCAUGUGAGGCUAUAUGCUUCAGUUUUACUGGGUCUCCUGUAUUCAGUCCUAUUUGAAGCCUUAGGGUGGCUGCCCCUGCUCCAGGGGAGAGAUGGCAGUGGAGGAAAUUAUGGGGGGAAUAGGUGGGGCGAGGCUGGGGUUGGAGGUGCAGAAGGGUCCCUAGGUUCUGGAUCUAGUCCUGGAGGUCUUGGUUCUUCUAGCUCGGAAUGGGACACCCUCCGCUGGCUGGGCCCGGCUAAGGCCCUCCUCCACCUGUGUGCCCACGCCAUCGGCAUCCACCUCUUCAUCAUGUCCGAGGUGCGAUCCCGCUCCACCUUCCUCAAGGUGGGGCAGGCCAUCAUGCACGGCAAGGACCUGGAGGUGGAGAAAGCGUUGAAGGAGCGCAUGAUCCACUCUGUCAUGCCAAGGAGGGUCGCCGAUGAACUGAUGAAGCAGGGGGACGAGGAGAUGGAGGGGAACGCAGGGAAGAGAUACUCUGCCGGGGCUUGUUCGGCGUCGGCUGUGUCCACGGUCGGAGGUCCUGGGGGGGCUUCGUCGAUCGCGGCGAGCCCCAAGAACCAUCCCCAUCAUCAUAGUCAUCAUAAGAGGAAGAAGACUUCGAUCCCCAGAGGCCAGAUCAUCUUCAGGCCAUUCAACAUGAAGCGGAUGGAGCCUGUUUCUAUCCUCUUUGCGGAUAUCGUCGGCUUCACCAAAAUGUCUGCCAACAAGUCCGCCCACGCCUUGGUGGGGCUCCUCAAUGACCUCUUCGGCCGUUUCGACCGGCUGUGUGAGCUGACGCGCUGUGAGAAGAUCAGUACACUGGGAGACUGUUACUACUGCGUGGCGGGAUGUCCCGAGCCACGCCCUGACCACGCUUACUGCUGUGUCGAGAUGGGACUAGGCAUGAUCGUGGCCAUUGAGCAGUUCUGCCAGGAGACGUGUGAGACGGUGGACAUGAGGGUGGGGGUCCACACCGGCACGGUCCUCUGUGGGAUCCUGGGGAUGAAGCGGUUCAAGUUCGACGUGUGGUCCAACGACGUCAACCUGGCCAACCUCAUGGAACAACUGGGCGUCGCCGGGAAGGUACACCUAUCAGAUGCCACCGCCGGGUUUCUGGAUGAUCGCUACCAGCAGGAGGACGGGCGGGUGUUGGAGAGGGCGACGCAGGGCCUGAUGGAGAAACUGAAGGGUACGUUUUUAUUUUAUUUUGUUCUGUGUACCCCCUUUCAAUACACACACACUGACGUCAGGCAGGAUGCAGAAACACCGGCCGUCGCCAUCUGCGCCUAUUCAACAUGA